ACAGACGGAGAGAGAAACAUUCAGAGCUUCAGACGCCUGCAGAGAAGAUGGAGAUGAAGAUGAGCUGUGUGUGUUUGGUGCUGGGGCUGGUUCUGCUGAUGACCGUCUCCUCAGACGCUACCUCUGCUCUUGGUCAUCCUGAUAACUGCUGUUUCAGCUUCGUCACUUUUAAAAUUCCAGACAAAGAAAUACUAGAAGCUGUAAAAACACAUUCCAGCUGCCCAAAGCAGGGCUAUGUGUACACAACGCCGAGGGGCAGAUUCUGCAAGGAGGCCCUGCAGUAAAUCUAGAUUUCAGAGCUGCAGCUUCAACACAGCGCAGCUAAAAGCUUUACACGCCCCUUUAAUCAUCACAGGAUUUUAUCAAUCAGGGCUUUGCUUUUUCAGUAUUAUCAGUGCUUGUUUAACUCUGUGAAACAAUGUAUGACAAAAUUCUCUGCAGAGAAAAAUAACAUCAUAAAGACAAUUUAGAUUUCAGUGCUGCAGUAAACAUGCAAUGCGAUAAGCAAUGUGUUUCUUUUUUUCAAUACUAUUAAUGCUUGUUUUAUGCUGUGGAUUCAAAUAAAGCAAUGCACUGCA